AUGAAGAACGAACCCGAUUCAUGCUGGAAGGAGAGUCGGAAGGUCAUCGCCCCUGACACCGGCAAGAGUCUCGAGGUUCAGCUCGUACUGUCCUUGGUGAUUGGCGUUUCUGCCUUCUUGGUCUUCUGUAUCCUACGCCCACGAUGGCCCGCCCUUUACGCUGCGCGAAAACGGCGCCUCGAUCACCAACUUGGUCUGCCUGCCCUUCCAAAUUCCAUGUUUGGCUGGAUCCCGACACUUUUUAAAAUCACCGAAGAACAGGUCCUGGCCUCCGCCGGACUCGAUGCUUUUGUGUUUCUUAGCUUCUUCAAAAUGGCCAUCCGACUCUUUAGCAUCAUGGCAAUCUUUGCGACGGUCAUCCUGUUGCCAAUCAAUCGCGCGUUUUCGGAUGUCAAAGACGACAAGGGCCAUGAUGGUGACGAUACAUCAGUUAACCCGGUUUCAUUGUUUGGAACAGAUCAACAGGUGUUCUCAGAUGCCAGCUUCCUCGACAUACUGAAGCACAAGGAUAAAACGGACAAAAGCUUCGAGAGGUCCUGGCUUUGGGCUUAUGUCGUUUUCACAUACUUCUUUGUUGGCUUGACGAUUUACUAUCUCAACCUCGAGACAUUUCGCGUCAUCAAAUUCCGCCAAGACUAUCUUGGAUCACAGUCCACCGUAACAGAUAGGACGUUCCGACUUACAGGUAUUCCUGAGGAUCUGAGAUCAGAAGAUAAUAUCAAGGAACUUAUUGAAAAAUUGGGCAUUGGAAAAGUUGAGAAGGUUUUGCUUUGUCGAGACUGGAAGAAGCUUGACGACCUUGUUGAUUUGAGGGAUGCGACUUUGCGACGCCUGGAAGCUGCAUGGGCUACCUUUCUCAAGCACCAGCGCCACAAACAAAAAAUCAGUAGGCCCCAAAGGAGAGAUGGUAAUGGAGUGCCUCGAGACCAAGGAGACCAAGAAGAUGACGACCAAGCUGGAGAGAACGGACGCCUCUUGGACGCUCAACAGGAGCCAUGGAGUUCUGACGAUGAGGGCCGACCCAAAGUUAACAUACGCUAUGGAACCCUAGGUCUGCGGUCUCGCAACGUUGACGCUAUUGAUUACUACGAGGAACGACUUCGAAGGCUGGAUGCACAAGUCACAGAGGCGCGCAAGAAGUCAUACGCGCCCACAGACAUGGCCAUUGUUACUAUGGACUCUGUGGCUUCAUGCCAAAUGGCUAUCCAGGCCCGAAUUGACCCCAGGCCAGGCCGGCUCCUGACCAAGUUGACACCAGCUCCUUCAGAUCUCGUCUGGAGGAAUACAUACGCUCCCCGCGGUAUUCGCCGUCUCAAAUCUUGGGCUGUGACAUUGUUCAUUACGGCUCUCACACUCGCAUUCAUAUUCCCCACGAUUGGCAUCUCGACACUUUUGAGCUACUGCACGAUCCGCACUCACUUCCCAGCAUUUGCAGAAUGGCUGCGACAGCACGGCGUUAUCUUCUCGUUUGUCCAAAACGGUUUGCCUGCUUUAGUUGUAUCGCUUCUUAACGUUGCCGUUCCGUAUCUAUACGAUUUCCUCUCUAACCACCAAGGAAUGAUUUCACAGGGUGAUGUCGAACUCUCUGUCAUCUCCAAGAACUACUUCUUCACCUUCUUCAACACAUUCUUUGUUUUUGCGGUGUCAUUGACAGGAAUCAAUUUCUGGAGCCGGAUUCAAGAAAUUGCGAAGGACACAAGCAAAAUGGCGACAUACAUGGCCGACGACGUGGAGGCGCUAUCAAUUUUCUAUAUUUGCUUCAUCUUGCUCCAGGGCAUUGGCCUUAUGCCCUUCCGAAUUCUUGAGGCGGGAAGUGUAUUCCUCCAUCCGUUCCUCCGGUGGCUUUCCAAGACGCCACGCGAUGCCCUUGAGCUCAAGAAACCCCCGGUUUUUCAGUACGGCUUUUUCCUGCCCACGUCUCUGCUUGUUUUCAACCUCUGUCUUAUCUACAGUGUCUUGUAUUGGGGAUAUGCUAUUCUCGUUGUUGGAACUGUGUACUUCUGCCUGGGCUACUUUGCUUUCAAGUACAUGGUACUCUAUGCAAUGGAUCAGCCCCAACAUGCCACCGGAGGUGCGUGGAGAAUAAUAAGCUACCGUAUCAUCGUGGGGUUGCUGGUCUUGGAGAUUGUCAUGGUGGGCCGGAUCGUCACAUAUCAGGCAUUCAUUCAGUCGGUGUGCAUUCUCCCACUACUCCCCUUGACCACCUGGUAUAGCUACUAUAUCAAGCAGCGAUUCGAGCCUCUGACCAAAUACAUUGCUCUUCGCGCUGUCAGGGCAGAUGAGGAUCCAGAUGAUGCAGCUGCGCUGGAUGACGCGUUUGAGAACGAGGACCACCCUCGACCCUCACAGGCCAUCCUACGUCGUGGAAGUACCCUAGACGAGUACAAAGAGAAGGGACUGCAAUUCGUCAACCCCAGUCUUGUGGCCCCACUUCCCCAGCCGUGGAUCUACGAUGAGCCACCUCCACCCAUCCCCACGGAUGACACGCAGUCAACAGAGGAGACUGAACGCCCUGUUCUGCAGGGUGUCGAUAGCACGCUCGGUAUAGGAGACGAAAACGUGUGGAGAGACAACGGAGGAAAUAAUGUUUAA